CAGGCCAGUUCACCACCAAGCAGGCAAAAAGGUUAUUGGAGCUGCUGAGGAGGCACACACAAACCUGUGGAGUAGAGCCCUGUCCACAGAAGGAAAGGAGGAAGACCAGUUUGGUGAGGAUCUGUAGAAGGGGGUCAGUGUUGUGUAAAGAAGACAACGAGGCAGGCAGCAUUUCCGAAAGCUUUAUGACAAAGUGUUUGUCAGUCAGUCAAAGAAAGCGCUGGGAGGAACAUUAUCACAGCAGCCAGCACAUCUGUAUCCUCCGAGCAUGGACCGAGACAGUCACAGUGAGGACACAUUGUCAACUAUGGUUCUGGAGAACAUAAAGAACAAAUUAAUUGAUGCCUUCAGAGUGACAGGAGAGUCCCGAGAAGAUCUCCAGGACUCUGGUUCCACAGUCAGACCGGUCAGCGUGGGCAGGAGUUAUCAAGCAAACGAAGAGCUGCGGCGGGCACAGAUAGAUGGAGCGAUAACCUGGCUGAGGUCUGAACUGUUGGAAAUGCGCUCCCAGGACCUCCAGCUGGCUCAGACACUGCUGGGGCUCAACACAGAGAUCCAGAGACUAAGGAGGGAGAGUUUUGGAUGUGUGGAGGUAGAAGGGGGUAACCACCAGUAACUGGCUCCAGCAAAAGUCUAUUUUUUUUUUUACUGGAAUGAAUAGUGGAGAAAGUAAGGACUGUGAUGCAAAGAUUCAAAUGCACUUGCUUAUAAUAAUAAGUUGUAUCACUGUAAAGGAAGUUAGUUACCAGUUCCAUGUAAAAUACCUUUAGUGAAAAAAAAGAAGGUUGCAAUAUGUUGAAUUGUCUUUGAUCCUGCUCUUUUCUUUUUUGAAGAAAAUUUGCACUUACACAAAGUUGUGAUAAACAAAGUGGAACAAAAAAAAAAGAAGACAUAAAUGUGUGAAUGUAAGAGAAGUAAAAUGUACAAUGUCACCGUCUUUGUGU